AACUGGAGAAGAGAAGGUGCUGGGUGUCACUUGAGUACAGAUGACAACAUAAUGGCUGCAGAUACUUUAUGGGUACAACAGUUCUUAUAUAUUCUGCUCGUGGCACAAGCAUUGGGAGAUCCUACGGAGAACCCAGACAUCUCGCAUCAUGGUUGUACAGAAGGCAGCUGUUACCCUGCCACAGGAAACCUUCUGAUUGGUCGAGAUCAGAGCCUCAGCAGUACAUCCACCUGCGGUCUGCAGGGGCGCCAGGAAUACUGCAUCGUCAGCCAUCUGCAGGACUCAGAGAAAUGCUUUUUCUGUGAUUCUCGAUCUCUCGACCAGAAGGAGAGUCAUGAAAUUGAAAACGUCAUUUACUUGACAGGGCCGGAUGAGGAGAAGACUUGGUGGCAGUCUGAGAAUGGUGUGGAAUCCGUAAGCAUCAGACUUGACCUGGAAGCGGAGUUUCACUUUACACACCUCAUCAUGAAAUUUAAGACGUUCCGGCCGGCUGCCAUGCUAAUUGAGAGAUCUGCAGAUUUUGGACACACAUGGAAGGUGUACAGAUAUUUCUCAUACAACUGUACCAAGAUGUUCCCUGGUAUACCUAUACAAUCUCUCCAAAGGAUCGAUGAUGUCAUCUGUGACCAGCGAUACUCAGAUAUCGAGCCAUCCAGCGAAGGAGAGGUGAUAUUUAAGGUUCUUGACCCAUCAAUCAAAGUGGAAGACCCUUACAGUUUGGAGAUACAAGAGCUUCUUCAGAUUACAAACUUGAGGAUAAACUUUACAAAGCUGCACACAUUGGGAGACAACCUGUUGGACCAGAGACCGGAAGUGUUACAGAAAUAUUAUUACUCCUUGUACGAGCUGGUUGUCCGUGGAAGCUGCUUCUGCUAUGGACAUGCAUCAGAGUGCUCCCCUGUGGAGGGUGUGCAAGGAGGGGUGGAGGGGAUGAUUCAUGGAAGGUGUGUGUGCAAGCAUCAUACCAAGGGCCUAAACUGUGAGCGCUGCCAGGAUUUUUACCAUGACCUCCCGUGGAUGCCGGCAGAGGCCAACGACCCUCACUCCUGCAAACAGUGUAACUGUAAUGGUCACUCCAGGAAGUGCCAUUUUGACAUGGCAGUGUACCUGGCCACCGGCAGGGUGAGCGGUGGGGUUUGUGAAGACUGUCAGCACAACACGAUGGGCCGCAACUGUGAGCUGUGCAAACCAUUCUACUACCAGAACCCGAGGGCCGACAUAAGGGCAGAGAAUGCCUGUAUCCCCUGUGACUGUGACCCAGUUGGCUCCUUGGACGGCGGUGUCUGUGACAGCCACACAAACGUCAACCUGGGCAUGAUUGCAGGGCAAUGUCGCUGUAAGGAGAACGUGAAGGGUGAACGAUGUGACAGCUGCAAGGACAGCUUCUAUGGGCUGAGCCGUAACGAUCCUGCCGGCUGCCAACCGUGCAGAUGUGACCCGCGUGGAAUUGUAGCAGGAAACACCCCCUGUGAUCAGAUUAGUGGUGACUGUUACUGUAAACGUUUUGUGACGGGACGUUACUGUAACCAGUGUCUGCCUGAGUUUUGGGGUCUUAGUAACGAUGUCACAGGAUGCCGUCCUUGUGACUGUGAUUUUGGUGGUGCUUACAACAAUAGGUGUUCUGUAGGGGAUGGGCAGUGUGACUGUCGCCCUAAUGUCAUCAGUCGCCAGUGUAAUGAUGUGCAGCCCGGCUACUUCUGCAUGCCACUGGACUAUUAUACGUAUGAAGCAGAGAAUGCCAGGGGACUAGCUCCAACAGAUCCACAGUUACCGGGCUCGCCUAAACCCGAGGCCCAGACAGACUGCUUGGAGUAUUACAAUGGGAUACAGAAUGGGAAGAAGGUGAGGCUACGGCGUCAUCGUAGGACCAUCCGUGUGCUGCAGAGACGAGCGUCCCAAACCCGCAGCCGCCAGUUACAGCAGAAGCCUGAUGUAGAGAUUAUCCGGCGGGAGCACACAACGGACCACAUGAUUACCUGGACAGGCCCUGGGUUUGCUCGUGUCAGGGAUGGAGCUGGACUGCUGUUCCAUAUCAAUAAUAUUCCAUAUCCCAUGGACUAUGAAAUCAUGAUCCGAUAUGAGCCAGAGUCUGCAGAGGACUGGGAAGCCAUUGUCAGUGUGACGUCACAGAUGUUACCUACAAGUCCUCGCUGCGGCAACGUCCUGCCCUCAGAGCAGAUGUACAGGGAGAAACUUCCGCACACUGAGAGGUAUCUGGCGCUCCCAAGCCCCUUCUGCUUUGAGCCAAAUAACCAGUAUGAGAUCAGCAUUCGGUUCCAGCGCUGGGGUGUCUCCAACCGUCACCCAGGCGCUUUUAUACUCAUUGACUCGCUGGUCCUUUUACCAAAGAUCUCUGAGUUGCCGGGUUUCAGUGGAAAUGACCCUGUGUCAGUGCAUCAUCGGGAGGAGAUGGAGCGAUAUAUGUGCCUGGACUCAUUUAAGAUGGCUACCAUGCCGGAUCUAGCGGAAAUGUGCAUCAAGCUGGUGUGCAGCAUCUCUGCCAUCAUCCACGAUGGAGUGUUGCCUUGCCUCUGUGACCUUCAGGGCUCCCUCAGUGCUGUGUGUGACAAGGUCGGAGGUCAGUGCAGGUGCAAACCCAACGUGAUUGGGCAACGUUGUGAUCAGUGCGCCCCUGGGACCUUUGGAUUUGGCCCUUAUGGAUGCAGCAAAUGUGACUGUCACCCCCAGGGAUCCACCUCCAGAUUCUGCAGCCCCGCCACUGGGCAGUGCCAGUGUCAGAGCAAUGUGGCUGGGAGACAGUGUGACCAGUGCUUGCCUGGCCAGUGGGGCUUUCCAAACUGCAGGCCAUGUCAGUGCAAUGGCCACUCUGAAGAGUGUGAUUCCAAAACCGGUACUUGCAUCGCCUGUCGGGAUUUUACCACUGGGCGCCACUGUGACAAGUGCUUGGAUGGAUAUUAUGGAGACCCUGUUCUGGGCUCUGGUCAGCAGUGUCGCCCUUGUCCAUGUCCUGGGUUUCCCGGCAGUCGAAAUUACCACGGCAGUUCUUGCUACGCUGAUAGGGAGUCCAAUCACAUUGUGUGUCUGUGCGCACCUGGUUAUACCGGUUCACGCUGUGACCACUGUUCUCCUGGAUACUUUGGAAACCCAGAUCAGGAUGGCGGAGAGUGUCGCCCAUGCCAAUGUAACAACAACAUUGAUCCAACAGACCCAGAGUCGUGUGACUCUCGCACUGGUUCAUGUCUGAAAUGUCUCUACAACACAGAUGGACCCAACUGCGGAGACUGCAAGGCCGGGUACUAUGGCAGUGCAGUGCAGCGAACAUGCCGCAGAUGCACAUGUAAUGAGCAAGGUACCUUCCCCUCACACUGCACAAGAGAUAUCUGUUACUGUGACCGGGUGACUGGGCACUGCCCCUGCAGAGCCAAUGUAGUGGGCAAGAGCUGCGACCAAUGUGCACCCAACUUCUGGAACUUUGGUUCACAGAUGGGUUGUGAAGCUUGUGCCUGCGUUCCCACACAUUCCCUCCGUCAGGACUGCAACAUGUUCACUGGUGCCUGUUACUGCCGACCUGGGUUUGGUGGGAGAGUCUGCUCCCACUGCCAAGAAAAUUACUGGGGCGACCCACAGCAGAAGUGUGAAGCAUGUAACUGUGAUGUAUACGGCUCAGAGAUCCAACAAUGUGAUCAUCUUACUGGAAAAUGCCUUUGUCGCAAGGGAUUCACCGGUGGGCGCUGUGACCAGUGUGACAGGGGAUUCAAGGACAAUUUCCCCAGAUGUUCUGCCUGCCACCAAUGUUUUGGUCAGUGGGACCUCAUUAUCUCUCAGCUCCGAAAGCAGCUCCAGGUGAUACAGAAGAAGAUGUUAGAUCUGCAGGAAGGUGGGGAAGCCCCAGAGAUCAGCAUCAGCCAAAUCAAGGAGCUGGAGAACAAGCUGAGGAGCAUUAAGCAGCUUAUUGGUGAUGGAGCUAUUGAGGGGACACACAUGCUGGAGCAGAUGAACAAACUGGUGAACAAAAUAAGGACUGAGGUGGCUCAACUCUCAUAUCAACUCCACUCUCAAGAAAAAAGAAUGAACGAGACAGCUGGAAAAGACAGGAAACAGAAAGAAAAACUGGACAGACUAACUUUAGACAUCCUCCGCGUGAAUGAGACAAUGUCCUUAUUGAAAAUUCAGAUAGAGACCAUAGCGGCUGCCGGCAUCAACGAGUCGUACAUCAGCAUCCUACGCUAUUACCUACAGUCCACAGCAGCAGAGACGCUCACAAACAGCUCGGUGUCAGGACCGGAGAGCCCUGUGUUCCAAUCCGAACAAACACGGCUAGAAACAGAGAGACUCCUAAAGGAAAAGCUGGACACCUACAAAAGGAAUGUCUCCGCUCACAGGAGCUCUCUCAAAGAGCUGCAAAAGAAAGUGCAAGAGCUUAAUGUAAUCAACAUCAAUGAGAAGAUCUGUGGGGCACCUGGAGACCAACCAUGUGACCUGGCACCAUGUGGAGGUGUCAACUGCCGCGAUAGUGAGGGUAGAAUAAGGUGUGGAGGAGAUAAUUGUAACGGUGCUGUUCCCGUCUCAACCAAGGCCCUCAAAGAUGCUCAGAACAUCACAUUGGAACUAGAGAACACUGCAAACCAGCUCAGUGAUAUAUCUCAGAAGAUUAAAGAAAUUCAAGACAUAGCGCAGGAAGCCAAAGGUCAAAGUGACAACACGCUAAGCAAAGCUAUAGAUGCAAAGCGUCGCAUUGAAGAUUCCACAAAGAAGCUGAGAGAAUUUAUCAAGAAAAUUAAAGAUUUCCUGACUGAGGAAGGAGCUGACCCAGAAAGCAUUGAGCUGGUAGCCCGACAGGUUCUGAACAUCUCAUUGCCAGCCAGUUCUAAUGACAUUGCCACACUCCUGAGCAAGAUCAGAGAAAGCAUUGGGAACCUCAGCGGAGUAGACAUGAUUCUGAACAACACGUCUGAGAGUCUGGAAACCGCAAAGAGCCUUCUAGACCAGGCAACAGCUGCUAAGGCACAAGCGGAAGCUGUCAGCGGAAAUAUCACAAACACACGGAACUUACUCACUGUCGCCGAAGAAAAAGCAAAUGCUGCAGAGAAAGCCAUAAAAAAAGCAAAACAAAACAUUAAGGGAUUAAAAACAAAUCUGGAAAAGGCCAUGAAUGACAUGAACGACAUUGAGGGUAAAGAGAUACUGAUUAUGGGGCGAUUGGAAAACCUAACUGGGCAAGUUGAAAAUGUAACUAUGAAAGUGGACAAAAACAUGGAGAUGGCCAACGAGGCAAAGACAAAGGCCAACGCUGUUCUGUCUGAAGCGGAGGCACUGGACAAGGACAUGGGCGAUGUUAAAAAGAAGUACGCAGAGCUGCAGGAAAAGGUUGGCAAUGUGAAUAGCUCUGCUGGGUCAGCUAUAGACAGAGUGAAGAAGAUAAAGGAAGACGCUCAAGGUCUAUUGCAGAAAGCAACCAGCGCCAAGGAAAAGCUUGAUGGUCUUCAAAAAAAGUUUGAUGACAAUGAGAAAGAAAUGAAAGAGAAGAUAGAGACGCUCCAGAACUUGGAAAAACAAACCACAGAUUUACUUGGCGAAAUCCGAAAUCAAUCUGUUAUAUAUUCCACCUGCUAGUCCUUGUCCAGUUGUCUAACAAGACGAGUGUUUAUAUGACCCUGCAAUUGUAUUCACUGAUCAUUCUUGUUAAUGAACCUUCUGCUGCUGCCAAAUGACACAAACCUUAUUAAAUUGGAGUCAAAUUUA